UUAUUAUUGGAAGGCUUAUGAAGAUCAGAGAAAUUAGUCAGUGCUGUAAUUAUUACCUCCCUUGGUAAAAUUUCAUCAAGUAUUAUGGCAAGAGCAAAACAAGCCAAAAAGUAUGCACAAGUCAAAAGAGUACUUAGCCUCAGGGAUUCAAGAAUCAAGGGUAAAGACCGUGACUUGAGUAAGAAGAGGAAACAGAAGAAGAAAGGGAAAGACAAAUCUGUCAACAUGACACAGAGAAACCUACCACAGGCAUCUACAGCAUUGUAUUUCCGUUACAACACACAGCUAGGACCACCUUACCAUGUUCUAGUGGAUACAAACUUUAUAAACUUCUCUAUAAAAAACAAGGUGGACAUUAUACAAGGCAUGAUGGAUUGUCUGUAUGCAAAAUGUAUACCAUAUAUAACAGACUGUGUUUUGGCUGAACUGGAAAAAUUGGGUUCUAAAUACAGAGUGGCUCUCAGAAUAGCACGAGAUGCCAGGUUUGAGAGAUUACCCUGCCUACAUAAAGGAACAUAUGCUGAUGAUUGCCUGGUACAAAGAGUAACACAGCACAAGUGUUAUAUUGUUGCAACGUGUGAUAAAGACUUGAAGAGAAGAAUAAGAAAGAUACCUGGAGUGCCCAUCAUGUACCUUCAACAACACAGAUACUCAAUAGAAAGGAUGCCAGAUGCUUAUGGGGCACCUAAAACAUGAUGAUAAAGAAAAAGUCUGUAUUUACUGUAUGAAUAGUUAUGUAAAUAAAAUAUGUCACAUUGUUCUCAGCA